UUCAGAGUCCCGGCUUGCUAAACUUUCAUACCAAACUAAAAAUUAUCGCGGUAAAAGGUGUAAUUAUCAACAGUUGGUUACCUGCAUGUGUAAGCUAUUGCGCUCGGUUUUGUAAACGUUUGUCAUGCUACAUAAAUUCGCAAUAUGGUUCAUUUUCAUCCGAGUUGUUGCAUUUCAAAUGAGAGCUGGAGCUUCCAAAUACGAAGAAUUCAAAGUUAAUUGGUGUCGCCAGCGAAAAUGGCGACUGGAUUGGGAACGUCUGCAGAAACCUUGUCAGAACCUUAAUUAUAGAAGACACGAUGGACAACAAUAUCAAAGGUUGAAAACGUCUCCUGAACACAGUGAAAUAUUUGAUUUACAAAUCCGGCCCGCAGGGGAAUAUAGUCGGUUUUUCGUCCAGUCCCGCACGCAUACUGCUCAGCGGAAGACAUUCGGAGGGGACUCGUGGAGAGUGUACAUUGAAGGGCCCUCACACCUUGCAGGGACCGUGUUUGAUCACAAUAAUGGAGUAUACGAGGUUUUGUUUCUUAUCAUGGAGCCUGGAGAGUAUAAAAUCAAAAUGAUUCUGGAUUAUACAUUGUGUGAUGGAUUAAUUGAUCCUCCAAUGGACUGGUUUAAAAAUGCUCACUGCUCGGGAAAGUUACACAAUGUUUCCCUUGGCAAGAAUCUCUUCUCAGAAAUGACUGGAUAUAUCAACAAACCUCUGUUGUCUGCUAAAACCAAAAAACUUACCAUCCCAUGGCAACGCCUCACAACCAUAGAGAUUCAGAAAAACAUGCGCCAAGCAGACAGAGAGUGUGAUAUUCAGUGUAACCUGGUGUGGGAUGGCUUUGGUAGAUGGGUGACUGGUUACAAAUGGCUACCGUACAUGAAUUUUACAGGAGAAGAUUUCUCAUCUUUGCAAAACAAAUAUAAACGCCAACACGAUCAUGCGGUUGGUAAAGGCGUAUUCUGGGUCUAUGGUGAUUCGCUGAGCUAUUACUUCUACGAAUCACUCAAUUUUCCCAUGUCGCAAAGCUUGUGCUUUAAAAUAUUUGAGAAAUGCAAUAACACGUAUAACUGGAUAUACCCAAAGACACUUUACGAAUUGACAGAAACAUGCGCUGAGGUCAACUUGCAAGUUCCCAGAGUUUUAGGCUUUUUCCGUCAAGUGCUCCUUAGGAAAGAUAUGGACAAAGACAGCGCACUGUUGUUAAAUGCUGGAGCUCACUAUGUCAAGACGACAAGUUUCAAAAGUUAUAAAGAGGUAAUCACAGCACUGAUAACCGAAAUGAAGAGACUGUACAAGGGCAAAGCUAUCUGGAAAUCGACCACAGCAAUCGAUGCUCAAUCCGCUGACAUUAUGGGCGCCUUCCGCAGAUUUACGACAAAUCACAGGAUCCAAUUGUACAAUGCGUUUGCCAACUCAGCCAUGUGUGCAGGUGGUAUAAGUGUUCUUGAUGUAUAUCCUAUUAGCGCCUCAUAUCCACCAGGAACGAAGGAUGGGAUACAUUACGACAGUGAAACAUUUUAUCCGGUCAUAGAGCAAUUGGAAAAAUACUUCUCGUUGUCUCAGUUAACAUGACCGUGAAGAGUCUAU